CAAUAAUCUUGUAAAAUAAUUGUGUCGUUUAGAGUCUUUUGCUUGUGUAGCCGUGGAGCAGCUCUUGCUCUUUAAUCCUCUCAGUUCUCCUGCAGUCGGACUGAAGUUCUGGUUCUGGUCCAGUCCGAGCUGCUCUCUGCUCCUCCCACCUCCUGGUCAAUAAGAGCCUUAGGAGGCGACCGCUCCUCGCCUCCUCACCAUGUUCCCCCUGCAGCUGCUGGCGCUGCUCUUCAUCUCCUCCUCCGCUCCUCAGCAGAGGAGGAAGGAGAAGAAGGAGGAAGAGGAGGGGAGGAAGAGCAAGCAUGACUCCACGUUCCAGAGAGGAGAUCUGCUGGAGGUCCCGCGGACCCUCUUCACUCACUUUGGGAUCUACCUGGGAGGAGGAAGAGUGGCUCACUUCAUCCCGGACAUCAUGCCCGUCGUCUCCAGCGACCAUUUCCAGAUCAAGCAGAUGGUCACGAACACCAGACUCAUCCUGGGAGUUCUGGCGAAGUGUGGCAGUGUGAGAGUGGACUCGGUGGAGGAUUUCGCCUACGGAGCAGAGAUUCUGGUGAACCCCAUGGACAAGAUGUGCAGCCGGGCGGCGCUGCCGGGCGAGGAGGUGGCUCAGAGGGCGGAGAAGCUGCAGGGGGAGGUGCCCUACAGCCUGCUGUGGUACAACUGUGAGCACUACGUCAUGUACUGCAGAUACGGAACCGCCAUGAGCUUCCAGACCUUCCAG